AUGGCGACUUUUGCGUCGAUUGAGCUGAUGAAGAAGCUGAACGAAGAUGAUGAUUUGGAGGGAACGAGUACAUCAGAAGGGGAGAAAGUUUUGGGAAUCGAAAAAAGCGGCCCGAAGCGAAUUGUGACGAAGGAAGUGUCUUCGAUAUUUAAUUUGAAAAAUGAGCUGCUAAAGAAGCAGAGUAAAUUGCAAAAGACGAAUAUAAAAGGGACCACACAUAUAUCCGGAAAAUCGGUGGGUUUUUGGGUUUUAUUCUUGAUUUUUGUAUGAAAACAGCGAAAAAUUGUUUGUAGAACCUGCUGACAACGAAAAAAGAGGAGAAAGAAGCCGCUGAAAAAGAGGCAGUAGAGCGGCGAAAACGAAUCAAUCAAAAUGAGCGGAAAAUGCGAUGUGAACAAGAAAUCGAGUUGGCUCAGCAAAAACUGCGAGAUAAAGCGGCGCUCUACGAUAAAUUAGCCGAAGGCAAUGUGGUUUUGCCAGAAAAUGCUGAAUUUGUGGUGGAUUUUAUGGCGAAAAAACGGGAAAAAGAGAGGAAAUAUGAAGAGGAAGAAGCAUGCUCAUCGUAUUCUUCAAUAACUAAAAAACCUACGAGAGAUCCAACUCCAGAAAGAUAUCAUCAUUCUGAAGGUGAACUUACUAUUUUUCAAACAAAUAUUGGGCUUAAAAUAAUGAAUUUUAUUUCCAGAGCAAAGAGUGUUUGGAGUGUCGCAUAUGCGAUUUUCGAAAGACGAAGAAAAACGGAAGGAGGAAAUUCAGAAUUUGUUGGAUUAUUCGAAGCAAGUUCAGGAGGAUUCGAGGAAAAAUAUGGAGAAAAAAGCGGAAUUGGAAGAGAAGAGAUUGAAGAAAAUCAAUGCGUUGAGAAUUAAAAAAGGAUUGGAACCGAGUAGGUUUUGGGAGAAGUUUUGAAACUCUACAAAUUGGGUUUCUUUGGUUUUUUUUAAAGAAUUUUUUCAAGUUCAAGUAUUUUAUUUUUGGUUUAAAAAAAUUGAGAUUUGCAUAAAAAUUUCACCCAAAUGCUCAAUAGUUUUGAAAAGUACAUAUUUUUGGGUUUAUUUCCGGAGCAUGCUAUUUAAGUAAUCGGUUUCGAAAUUUCCACCUAUAUUCUUCAAUUUUCUUUGAAACGUAUAUUUUUAAGGUUUUUGAAAAUGUUGAAAUUGCAAAAUUUUUCAUUCACUUUCAAAAUUUACUGAAAAAAAAUCCUUUAAUUUUUUUUCAAUUUGAAGUUAAUCUCCCGGAAUUUCUUGGAUCAGAAAUCCUAAUCUAGAUCAAUUUUCUAAAAAUCUUUUUUUCUUGGUUUUAAAAUUUUUGAAAAAAUUAUUGAUUUCCGAAUUGUUACCCAAACUUUCAAGAAAAAUUCAGAUUUCAAUUUUGGAAUAUUUUCUUGCCGCCCAAAAAAUCCCAAUAUUUUCCAGUAAAACCAUCAGCACCUCCUCCAUCACAACCAUCAAUAAAUCUCGACGAAAUUCCAAUUCCACCCGAACAACAACACGAAACACCAGAGCAGCGGGUAACUUCAUCUAACUUCCAGGCAAUUUUCUAAUUUCUCUCAUUUUUUCCAGCAUCUUCGCCUUAUGAAAUCAUCUCGUGAAUGGGAUCGCGGAAAAGGUUUAUACACCCAAUGGAUUGAAAAACAACGAGAUGAUCGAAAUGACGAAUUUCGACCACCGGAUGUAUAUUAG